AAACUCACCAUUAUAGACAACGACAAACGAAAAAAUAACUUGGUAUUCGUCGGGGUAGAAGAAAAAGGCAAAUCUGAAAACGAGCUGGUAGACUACAUCAAAGAUCUGCUAAUAGACGCUGGAAUACACAUUGACAGCCAGGAGAUCAGCAACGUCUACAGAAUUGGGCAGAAGAUUGAUAACAAACAACGCCCCGUCGUAGUUUCGAUAACAACCAGAUGGAAACAACACACUAUUUUAAAAUACAGGAGCAAACUACCAGACGGAAUAUAUGUAAACGAGGACUACCCAAAAGAGGUUAUGGAAAUUAGGAAACAGCUACUCCCACAAAUGAGAGCAGAAAGGGAAAAAGGAAACAUUGCAUAUAUAAAGAAUAACAAAUUAGUGGUGAAACCUCCAGAACCCGCAGCAGACAAGAACCGUGAGAGAAAAAAGAGAAAUUUUUCACAAUCACCUAACACCCCAAGCCAAAAAAAAGUCAACUUAGACAUGGAACAGACUCAGUCACUGGAUAAAAACACCAAAGGCACAAUCAAACCCAGUAUACUCACUUAUAUUGAGCGGAGUAAAACAGGUUCACCAAUAGAGGCUCCAAAAAACUAA